CCCCAGCGCAGAGCUGAUGGAGCUGCCGUACCGGGGUGAGCCAAGGGGGGGGUCACGCCUGAACUUCAGGACCAUGGCCAGCUCCUGGCUCUGCCAGCUCUGCUCCUUGCUCUUCCUGCUGGUCGCCGGCCAGGAGACCCUGGGGCCCAAGGCAGACAGCCCGGCUAGCAAAAGCCAAGAAGAAAAGGAGCUGAUUGAAGCUCUCCAAGAGGUGCUGGAGAAACUGAAGACGGAGCGGCUGCCCUCCAUAGAGAAGAAGCUGGGCUCAGUGCCUUCAUGCAAUGCCAGCGAGCCGUGUGCCAUGAGGAAAGGAGCCCGGAUCGGGAGACUCUGCAUGUGCCCCCGCGGGACAGCCUGCAACUUCUACAUCCUCAAGUGCUUGUGAGGAGGACAGGAAUGCAAGGACAGGACGGGGCGGGAGGGGGAGGGCUUGGGGAGCAGCUUCUGAUCCUAAUAUCUCCACCUUGCCUGUUUCAGGAGGUGGGUUUGGUUUUUCUCCUGUGCUAGGAAAUGUAGCUCGUCACUUCCCCCACGGCCCUUAAGGCUCCCCCCUCAUUCCAGUGCCUGCGAUGGAAGAAGCUCUCUGUGCACAGUUUAUAAUUGCUUUGAUCCCUUGCUGCCCUGCAAGAUGCUAGGAGAAGCCAGCCUCGCCUGCUUUUCUGAGGUGCCAAGCCCCUGAUCUCAGUGGGGCCAGCAGGGGCUCAGCAGCUCUGAGAAUCAGCCUCCAGCCCCACUUACAUUUCCCACAUCCCUUCUUCCCGCUUUCCCUGCCUGGAGACACGUGACCAAAGAUUCUCUGCUUGGUCCCUGGCUGUGGGUAGAGUAGCCUGGGGGUUGCUCUAACAUGUCCCCGAGGUACCAGCCACCAGCACGCUGCUCUCCUGCCCCAUCUCACCCUGCCGUGGCUCCUGCACAAGAGGCCGUGAGGAGGCUAGCAUAGGAGCCAGCUAUGGAGACUUCAGAGCCUUCUGGGAAUCCCUCAUGCCAGGUGAAGGGAAGCAGGCGGAGGAGCUUUGCUCCCAGGGGCUGGCUGUUGAGGCAUGGUCUCCAAGUUCUCUGUUAUCUGAGCACUAGGGGCAUCCCUGCAGCGUCAAUAGGGGUGGUUUUGGAUUGUCUCUCCAGGGGAGGAAGGAGCAGCAGGAAGAGGGGACCUGAGCCAACCAUGCUGCAUGCAAACACCAGAGAUCAGCAGACUCUCAAGGAACGUCCCCCACACACGUCUAAAACCUCCCCCCAGCCAACUGUUCUCCCUGCUCCCCAGCUGCUGCACGAAGCCCACUCACCCUGACACUGGGCAAAGAGCCAGGCUGUGCAGCAUGGCAGCAAAUGGGGUGGAGGAAGGGGGAGCGCUGGAGGCAAUAGGUAACAAGAGGAAGGCUGGCCUGGGAGGUUAAGGCACGGGGCUGGGAUCCAGGUUCAAGCCCCAGUUCUGCUAUUGACUCCUGGUGUGACCGGGGCAAAUCACUCAACCUCGUGGACCCCCGGUAACAGGGAUAAUAACGCUUCCUUGGCCCAUCAUGUCUGUUUAGACUGUGAACUCCGUUUAGACUCGGUGUUUGUGCAGCACCCAGAAAACAGGGCCCCCAUCCCAGCUGGGACCUCUAGGCAUAGAGAAUCAGACUUGGUUCCAGGUAAUCUUCUAGCAUUCCCCAAAGGCAGCAGUCAGUGUAUGUGGGGAUUUUGUCUUGCUUCCAGAUCUUAACUGCUUUAGCCCAUCUCUGCAAUUCAAACUGACAUUGGGAAAUAAACGGAGACCAAGACAUGCCACAUCAGCAGCAUGCACCCAUGGAAAUACAGGGGGCAGCUGCACUGUCUGUGCUCUCCGCCUGUAGCAGCAGCAAAGAAACCUGCCCCCCUACCCCUACCUGAGACACAAUAUGAAGUGUGCACAUAGACCCGCCCAUUGCAAUGACCACCAGAGCUCCCAGUGCUGGAGCAGAAGGGAAGCUCUAGCUGCUAUUGCAGCAGGAAAACCGUCACACUGAAGGCCCUGAUUUGCCAGGUGUUUAUUAGCCCCGGUGCCAGCUGGGUAUGAGAAACGUUCCCGAAGCAGCAUGGUAAAACAGCUGCUGUGCACUUUGCCUGGUUUUGUGAAUGGCCAAACAAGGGGCAGGCCAAGGGAGGGGCAGUCCCCAAAGGGCCUGGAGAGUAAAGGGGGAUGGGAAAGAAAUAAUGACACUGGCCCUUAAAGGGGUCAGUUUAUUUCAAAAGCUGCAUCUGCCCUGAAAUUCCACCCCAUUCCUUUUCCAGAGCACAUUGAGCCUGUGCGGAGCCCAAACAGUGAUGGACAAGAAUGGGGGUUCUAACACCUGGUCCCUAUUAAAUUAUUUGUACUCAGGCCCCUGCCUCAAGCCUCCUCUUCUCAGUAAUGUACCAUUUCCACUUCCCUACCUGCCAGCCUCCCAGGGCUUUCAGGGGACCCUGUUCCUGCUCUGAAGGUUUCCCAGACCUCCCAGGCCUGCUCUACACAGAGUUUGUACCCCUGGAAGUGGAUCGGUCGGGGUGAAACCGACAGUUCUAGCAGAGACAAGGUGGGGCCGACCCAGCAUACAACAUAGACCUUAUUCCCAUACAGGUACAAGCCCCAUUUCCAUCCUGGGGUGGUGUAGGGGUGUCUACAAACAGCACCAAAGCAGGACAGCAUGUAUUUAGACCAGCCUCAGGGGUACCUCGUCACAUUGUCAGCGCUAGAGGCACGGUGAGGAGCUUUUCAGAGGUGUUGACUCACAGUGGGCCCACGAUACCUACAUGCCCCUUGAAAGCUUCGGUCUAGCUCUUCCUAAGUCAGCUGGUAUUUACAGUAGCACCUUCUAAAAGGGACUGCUCAGGAUCAGGGCCUUGUUGGCCAGGGCAAACCCUGCCCCAGGCCCAGCCCGUGGAGAAUUUCCAAGUGACCCCUGCAGGAGACCAGGAGAGGGUCUAGCCCCAUCAAUACAUGGCUGCGUGUCCAGUCAGACUCCAGCCACAUGCUGGGAAACACAGCUAGAGGAACAGAUAAGCAGAACAGAGGAGCAGAGCCUAGCCUGGGAGGGGAGCAUGGGUAACAAACAGGGUGCAGACACAGAGCUGCCUCCAGCCCAGCUGGCUUUGGAGGAGUGUAGGCCCUGGCAGCAUACAAGCAGCACAUACACCCCACAGCAGCUGGCACAGACCUGCUCUGCUCAGUGGCUAGGCACCAGCUGGCCUAGACGGCCUGAAGGGGAAAUGCUAAUGAUCCUCUCUCCUCCCAGGCUCUCUGCAACUUGUUAUGGAUCUGCCACUUUGAGAGGCCAUGUACCCUGCCCUCACCAGCUCUAUUCUGUUACAGAGGGAAUAGACCAUGCAAAUACCAGAUGCAUAUGGCCAGCUGACUGCUCCAGCCCUAGAAUAUUAGAUUGGGCUCAGGAGAAGGAAGGUUCUCUCUCUCCCCCUGCCUCACUCCUGAGCCUCAAGGUGGGAUUCAAAAUCAGCACUAGCAGCAAAGGGAAUUCACACUAAAGAAAAACCCACCCACUGGCACCUGUGGGAGUGUCACAGCAGCCUUCAGGCCUCUCUGGGAGCAGCCAUUUCUGGCCAUGUUCUCCUCCCUCUUCAGCCCAGGCGCUGCUGUCUGUCAUACCACAAGAGGACCCAGCACACCCCAC